CGUACAUUCACUCCUACUCCAACGACAAAGGCCUGCGUGGUGCCCGCCCGACGUCGACAACACCACGGCCUGCUGCUCCCCCCGCCCCAUCCAUCAUCUCGCCCGACCCGACUGGACUGACCGGACUGACUGCGACAUCUGCUUCUGCUUCUGCUUGCCCUCUCGCCCUGUGCACCACGCCGUUCCGAGACGUCGGUGGAGACACGGCCACACCCUCUCCGCGCGCAUUGUUACUCGGCUGCCGCUGCUGCUGUUGCUGCUGCUGCACUGCACAGCGGAUGCGCACCCCCGCUGCGUAGACCUCCCUUUUCCGACACCUCCUAUACAUGGGCGUGGUGGCAUAGGCAGCGGCUCCGUCACAGGCCACUACCACAGGAUCCACCAGCCACGGCUUCAUGGCCACCGUCGCCCAACACGGCCAGCCCACAUCUGCUCACUCAUCCCGACCACCGCACGACUCUUCCCGCACCACCACAUCGCCCUUACCCGCCGCUAUGGCGCCCGCCCAGCACAAUCCGGCGCCUGCGCCCGCGCCCGCUAAGAAGGCAAAGGGCAAGAAGGCCGCCGACCCCUCGGAGCAGCAGAAGCAGAUCCAGGCCAAGAUUGCUCAGCUCGAACUCGACCAGGCAGGCGACAAGGAGCAGGAACUGGAAAUCGGUGCGUCAAUGUCUGGCCGUGCAAGUGGUGGGGGCGGGGAUGCUCGAGGUGGCGUACACCACAUGUGCAAUUCCAUCGCCAUCACCACGGCCCACGGCCCUCUCAUAUAAAAAUAAAUCGCUGGCUGACCACGGCAUGGACAGAACGCGAAGUUAAGAAAGCAAACCGUGAACUCUCCUCGC